GGUUUCGGAAUAGAAACUGGUGUGCCGACUUGUGUGUGCCGUUUAAGAAAGAAAACAAAAAUUGCGUAUAUUGCGGUCUCUUGUUGUGUAUAAUUGACGAAACGGACCGAUGUGUAGAUAGAAGGAAAUAUAAAAAAAUGAAAAGCUCCUAUAAAGUUAAGAAAAAGAGGAAGCGGGCGGCGGAGUUCGAGGAUAAAUAUGAACUUUUGGAUAUCAGCAAUAAUAAUUAUUUGGAACGUGCCCUAGAAAUAAGCGAAUACGAUGCACUUUCCACGAAUCCACACAUGGGCGGCAAGCACUUGAGCAAAUCGGCAUCGGAACUGAGCAGCCCUAGAGAAAUGCCCGAAGCGAGACCCCGAUCGGCUGCGCCUCCCGAGCACUCACACAUCUCUGUCUACCAAAAGGCCCAUAGUUUUUUUGCUCAAUUGAAGACGCGACUGGGACACAGCAAACGCGAACGUCGAAACAAAUCGCCCGGCCGACAGGAAUCGUCCGAGUACGCUGCCGAUUUGUCAAGCGAGCACAGCAGCCCCAGUACUGCCAGUCCUAGACAUCGAGGAUACAAUAGGACAGGUAAUUAA